AUGCCCUCAUUUGCUGAGAGUUUCUGGUCUCCCGAUUUCUUGACGGGAAUUGAUAAGCUCUUCGAGAAGUUAAAUCAAGGCUGUGAUCAAAAUGAUCUAUUUAUACAGUUGUUUGCAUCAAGAAUGCAAUAUGAAGUAGAGUUUGGAAGGAAUUUAUGUGAUAUCAAGAAAGCUGUUGAUGUAUUUGACCCAGCAACUUCUACCGCCACGUCUUCCCUUGCUGAGAUGAUUGAUCAAAUGGUUGCUGAAGGGAAUCUUCAUUUAAAAAUCGCGUACACUAUAGAAACAACUGUUUUAGGUCCUUUCACUAAAUGGAGACAGGAGCAUAGGCAGCGAGUAGAAUAUUCUGAGAAGAUAUUGAAAACCAAUGCAACCAAUUUCUUAAAAGCAAGGAAAUAUGUUGAGAAAUUAGAGCAAACAUACUUAAACAAAUGCAGGGUAUUGGAAGAUUUCAAGAGAUCUACGUUUAACGAAGAUGAACUUGUAGAGGCAAUGAAGUCCUUAGAUUUGCAAAGAGAGCACGAAACUAAAGUGCUUCAAGAAAAAGAAUAUCAAAAGUUUGGAGAAUUUGGUGGAAUUGAUUAUGACUAUAAGUCAAUGCGUGAAACAUUGAAGUUACUCCUAACUAAACUACCAAAGCAUCCUUAUAAAGUUCCUUUCAUCUCUUUCACCAUAGAAAACACCAACUCUGGACGGGAAAUUGUCAAAUUUUUGAUGGAACAUAUGUCUUUAAAAGACAUUGAUCAUGCUGAACUAUUUGGACAGGAUUUGUUGAAUCAUGGUUUUAUUAAAUAUUGUAACGGUGUUGGUACAACAUUUGUGAACUCCAAUAAAUUUCAAUAUCAAUGGAAACCAUAUGCUUACAAAUUCUGUAAUAUAAGUACCUCGGAUCCAAAUGAAGAUAGUUUAAACGAAACAGAAAAUGGUAUUGUUAACUACUUGCAGAAAAUCACAGUUGGUAGUGAAACAAAAUAUGCAUCCCUCCACAAGCCAGACUUCUCUGAAAAUGAAAUGAAACUAUAUAAGAUGGUUAGGGAUGUGGAAGUAUCGGAUUCUAAAUAUAUGCGGGAAUGUAAGAAGCUAGACUCGUUACGCUGCUCCUUGGAAGAACUUAUCGUGGACCAUUAUACAUUCAUGGAAAAAUGCGAAUCCGAUAGGAUGAUGGCAUUGCGUAAGGUCACGUUAGAUUUCUGUGCUGCUAUUAGCAAUACGAUAUCUACUAUGAAAUUGACGAUUGAAAAGUUAACAGAUAGUGAGUCCAGAAUGGAUCCGGCUGCAGAUUUGCUAAGAACAAUAGAAGAAAACAGAGUUGGUUUCUUCCAACCCCAAGUUAUAACAUACAAUAACUACUAUAAUCCUGGAAGUUAUCAAACAUUUGGUAUUGAUUUAGAGACAAGAUGCAGAAGUGAUAACAGACUUGUUCCUCUCAUUCUCUCCGCUCUUUUGUCGUAUAUGGAUCAGGCUUAUCCAGAGAUGGAAAACGAUCAUAAGAGAGCCGUAGUCUGGACUGAACCAGUGAAAUUACACGAUGUCCAUCACUUAAGACAAUUAUUGAUUAAGCCUUUCAAAGAAGAGGCGGAGAUCAUAGAUGUUAUACGAUCCGCUAAUGCACAGCCUUCUACUGUUGCUAGUGUAUUCAAGAUCUAUCUACUUGAAUUACCCAAAGCAUUGAUAACAGAUGAUGCCUAUGAUAUACUUAAGGUUCUUUAUAGGGAGUUGCCUCCAAGCGAAACGCAUGAACAAACGGAAACUCAACGAAUUCAUGGAAUUGUCACAGCACUAUCAACACUAUCAAAACCUAAUAUGGUUACUUUGGACGCCAUCACUACGCAUUUUGAAAGACUAAUCGAAAUUAUAAAGAUGAACAAAUCAGAAGAAAGCCAAGAGUUAGCCGAAAACCUUUAUGAUACCAUUAGUCAAGAAUUUGCGAAUUGCUUAAUUCGUCCAACUGGGCCAACGAUUAAUGACCUCGGCUAUAAAUUGUUACAGGACUUAUUAAAGCACAGAAAAAAAGUUUUUAAAGAACUUAAAAGGAAAGGCUCUAAUUCAGUCAAAAAAGGCUGA